AUGUCAGAAUCCGAAACAGACAUUUCUGUUGAGUUUCUUGAGGAGAAAACCGUGAGCAAUGAGCAUCAUGUUAUCAGUCUAGACAGUGAUGAGGAUUCUGCUGAGGUAAAAGCCAAACAUGAGACAUUCAGAUUGAAGCAAAAUACCUCAAAACGCGGAUUGGAGGAAAUUCCUAUUGAUGCAGAAGAACAUGGACUGAAGAAACCGACAUUGCGCUCUUCGACUGAAGGUGGGCAAGAUAUACCGAGAUUUCAGUCUCCGAUCAGACUCAUCUCCAACGAUCCAUACUGCAGGGUGUUUCCACCAUCAUCUGACAGGCAUACUGUUACUUUGUUUGAUUUGGUGGGAUCCAGAAUACUCGAACACAGUUACCAAUUUAAUAUGCUCAUAGACUGUGAAUUUUUGCUACCUUUCUUCAAAGCGGAUCCCUUGAAUUUUGAGCUUACUCUCAUUGGGGUGCAAUCCAAUAUUGCAGUUGAAGAGAUUCACCGUCUUCAAUAUCGAAUAAAAACAGUUGAUGUGUCUACCAAAUUGCCCAAAUGGGGAACUCAUCAUUCGAAAGUGAUGAUCAACUUUUUUCAUGAUGAUACAUGUCAAAUCGUCAUCCAUACCAUGAAUCUUACUCACACGGAUUAUCUAGCUCAAACUCAAAUGUGCUGGAUAUCUCCAAGAUUAAGGAAGUUAAAUUCUCGUGCUGACACACAUGAUAAAAAAGAGACUCUUGAUCCAAUCUACGAUGUUGGCAUUAUUUUCAAAAGAGACUUUUUACAAUACCUCUACACAUACGAAAACUCUGUGGUGUCUUCAUUAGCUGUAAAGUUGAAAGCAUUUGAUUUCUCUCCCAUUGACGUAGCCUUUGUUGGUUCAAGCCCGGGACGUUAUGAAUUCAACUUGAACGACCGCACAAAAACAAAUUUAGAUUCCGUACGUGACAGACCGCUGUAUGGUUAUGGGAGGUUACGCCAAGUCCUGGACCGAUAUAAGCUGACUACCCCAAAUGACGCAAAACUUAUAAUGCAAGUAUCGUCGAUAAGUGCACCGCUAGAUAACAAGCAUACAAACAUUGGCACACACGUUUUGUCAAGUAUUGUGGAAGGAUCGCAGGUAAUCGUCAAGCAGCCAAACCAUAAAUUUGGAGGCGAAACUGGGGUUGAAAUAAAUAUUAUCUGGCCAACAGAGAAGGAGAUUAUGAAUGCACAUUAUGGCCACAUAUCAGGACAUGCAGUGAUGUUCAAGUCAAAAGCAAGCAACGGUUGGUACGCUUAUGAGAAUCAAGCUAAAUUCCUUAGAUCAUUCUUUUACAGAUGGUCUUCCAAAUCAGCUUCUCAAUCUAUUGCCGGAAGGAGUAAUUUAUCGCCGCAUGUCAAAUCUUACUGUGUGACCAAAAAUGACUUUGAGACAUUAGAGUGGUUCCUUUUAACGUCAGCUAAUCUUUCGAAACAAGCAUGGGGGGCACCUGACCGUGGAUAUGGAGCGACUUUUCAAAGUAAAUCGCAGACCAAACAUGUCUACACAGUGAAAUCUUUUGAGGCAGGUGUUCUUAUCGUCCCUGCAUGCAUAAAGACAAAAUACAAGAUAAAGAAACCUUUUGCGCUGACCCCGGUACAAGGAACAGACUUCUAUGAAGGUGUGAAUGAUGGCAAUGUACACUAUCCGAUCAGACUACCUUAUGACACUCCUUUAAAAAAGUACUCUGACAAUGAUCGUCCAUGGACGACAGAAAAAUUGGAGGAGAUUUACAACACAAGCUAG